AUGGACAACGGAUACCCUUAAACCACUGAUCCAAAAAUACUUUAGGAUUUUAUAAAAACUGAAAGUCAUUAACUAGUUAAAAAAAAUGAGUAAAAUGAUUAGAAUUUAUCGAAAUUUGCAACUAUGUCAACUUCAAGUAUACCUUGGAGACCUGAAGGGAUAAAACAUAAAAAAAAUGAGAUAUAUUUAGAUGUAUAUGAGAAAUUAAAUAUGUUAAUUUCUAAAUAAGGAAAUGUUAUUGAAGCGGAAAUUAUAGGCACUGUAAUUGCAAAUUCAAUGCUUUCAGGAAUGCCUGAUUGUCGAUUGGGAAUUAAUGAUAAGGAAUAUUACGAAAGUUCGGGUAUUAAUAGUAAUGGGAAGAAUAUUUCUUUCGAAGAUAUGAAAUUUCAUUAAUGUGUGAGGUUAUCUAAGUUUGAAAAUGAAAGAAUUAUAGCUUUUGUUCCACCUGAUGGAGAAUUUGAGCUUAUUUCAUAUAGAAUACCGGUGUAAAUACGUCCACUUUUUAAUGUAGAUGUAAUUAUUAAUUAAUAAUUUACAAAUAAAAUUGAGAUUAUGGCUAAAGCAAGAUCUAAUUUUAAGGAAAAAUCAAGCGCAUCGGAUGUUAUUAUUUAUAUACCAAUACCUGAAGAUGCUUAGAAACCUGAAUUUAAUUGCUAAUUCGGAAAAGCUAUUUAUGCAACUGAAAAAGAAGCGAUUAAAUGGGAAUUUAAAACUUUUGAAGGCGAAAGGGAGUAUGUCAUGUCUUCAACUUUUAAAUUACCAACUGUAGAAAGUGUGGGAAGAAAUAAUUUCAAAUAAAAACCGAUUGUUAUGGAAUUCGAGAUUCCUUAUUAUACAGUUACUGGAUUCUAAGUAAGAUAUUUAAAAAUAGAAGAUAAAAGUGGAUAUAAUUCUUAGCCAUGGGUUAGAUAUGUUACGAGAAACGGGGAAUAUUAAAUUAGAAUGAAUUGA